AUGGACACCAAGGCCCACAUUGUUAAAGAAGCAAUCCCCACUGGAUGCGAGGAGAGAACUAUUGUCGGGUCUGACGCGCUCGACGAGAAGACGUCUUAA